AUGGCCGCCGCCGGUGCCCUCCGCCGGUCCUUCGUCCUCACCCUCGCUCUCUCUCUCUUGUGCCUGCACGCGGCGGAGAGCCGAACCGUCGUCCCCAACCUCUGCCACCUGCCGCGCCGCGCCCGCCCCCGCAACAACUGCAACAUCCAGUGCCUCAUCUACGACCCGGUCUGCGGCGUGAACGGCGUCACCUACGGCUGCGGCUGCCCGGAGGCCAACUGCCACGCCGUCCGCGUCGUCAAGCUCGGCGCUUGCUGA